AUGAAGAUUAAUCCAAAACGAAAGGAGAAAUUCCUAAGGAUUAUUGACAGGUGUAUCCAAAAAGGUGUUCUAGGCAUGCCUAUGGAUCCUGAAAGAGAGGAAUUUUGGCAAACAAUAGCAAGAAGUACUAUUAAGGAAAGAUGUAAAGCUAUUUUCAACCAAGAACUAUUAAGCGAUGUGAAAUUUGCUGUUUGUAGUAAAGGUGGAAGUGGAAGCAAGACGAUACCAGCACACAAGUUUGUGUUAGCAAUCAGUAGCCCAGUGUUCUUUGCCAUGUUUUAUGAUGAAAUGGCGGAGAGAGAUUGUGUUGAGAUCCCUGAUUGUGAGUACGAGAGCCUGUUGGAGGUGCUCCGUUUUAUAUACAGCGACGAGGCAAAGUUAAACCCUGGUAAUGUGAUGCAAGUGCUGUAUUUAGCGAAGAAAUACAUGCUGCCUUCACUGGCCCACAAGUGCUCUGUUUACCUUCAAGAGAACAUAGACUCGUCAAGCGUGUUUCAUGUCUUACCGCAGGUCCAGAAAUAUGAAGAAAUAGAUCUGUUGGAUUGUUGUUGGAAACAUAUUGAGGACGAAACAGAGGAAGCUGUAAAAUCGGACGGUUUCUUGACAAUCGAGAGGUCAGUACUCGAGGAAUUAGUAGAGAGAGAUUCAUUAAAUGUCAAGGAAGUGGAAUUGUUCAAGGCUGUCGAUAGCUGGGCGAAAAUAGAAUGUGAAAAGCAAGGCCUCAAAACAGAAGGAUCUGUGAAAAGAAGGAUUCUGGGAGAAAGGAUCGUCAAGGGAAUACGUUUCCCCGUGAUGGAGGAGAAAGAGUUUGCAAGUGUUGUUCUUGACAGUGGGAUACUUAGCCACAAAGAGACUAACGACUUGGUGAAGUAUUUUAACUCUGUACCAAAUACUUCACUUGAAUUUUCACAAGAAAAUAGAAAAGGUUCUCUUGUGCGUCGAGUUUAUAGGUUUUCAUCGUUUUUGGAAGGUUGGAAGGAAUCAUCCAAGUUCUGUGAUGUGAUAGGACUCUCCUGCGACAAAGACAUAAAUCUGUGUGCAGUUCGUCUCUUUGGUAACAAAGGCAAAGAAUAUCGUUUGCACUUGCAAAUACAGUCAGAUGGUUCUGAUUUGAUUAGAAGUAAAGAUGCUCAGUAUUUGCCUAGACAGAUCAAGAGUGAAAUGGGAAGUUAUCCAGGAUUUGAUGUAAUGUUUAAACCUCCGAUCGCGUUAAAAGCAAACUCUAAAUACUGGCUUAUAGCGGACAUAUGUGGUCCUCCAUCCUGGUAUGGAAAGGGUGGACAGUCUUGUAUGCACUGCUCUGGAGUUACCUUCAAAUUUUACAACCUCGAUGGAAUGGCUCAACGGGUAAAAAAGGGGCAAUUCCCUGAACUUCUGUUUACACUCGCCUGA